CGUUAGUCACUCGGAACUUAAUACGGAGCGCCAUUUCAAUUUUCUUUGCUCUUAUAAAAGGCCUCUCCUUUUUCAUUUUGCAUUCUCAACUGUCGAUCCGUGUUAAACUCGCGUGCCCCAGCAGUCAGCCAAAAGCAAGAGAGAAUCAGAGAUAGAACACAGAAAGAAUCGGAGGGGUCUUUUUAUUUUUUUCGAUUUAUAUUCAAUCAGAUAAACGCGUUGGGGUCUAACCCACCACUUUUGAAUUCUCAAAUCCCCUUCGCUUCAUCUUCUUCUUUUUCUUCGUCGUCGUCGUCAUUUUUGUUCAUUCAGAUCUCAAUUUCCGAUUACGAGGUCUCGAUCCGUUGCAUAGCAGUGAAACACCAAGUUUUGGGUGUUACGUUUUCUGGGUUUUCUUGCCGACACCGUAUCGACGAAUUUCCGGCGAUGAAUGAUGUUGACCUCAUUGGUUUGGUUGUGAAGUAAUAUGGAAGUGGUUGUUACACGCCAAUACGAUGACGCUUUACAUUGGUCGCGACGCUUCGAAGUUGUGGAAAAGAGUUUGCGCAGAGACAUUGACAGAGAUCAACCUUCUUGCAGAGAAUUGGAAAUACCUUCUCGCCGGUCUCAUUUUUCAGUAUGUACACGGUCUGGCUGCCCGAGGAGUUCAUUAUCUUCAUCGGCCAGGGCCAGUACUUCAGGAUGCUGGGUUCUUUCUUCUUCCGGAGCUUGGCCAAGACAAAGCUUACAUCAGUGAGACUCUGUUCACCUUCAUUUUCUUAUCUUUUAUCUUGUGGAGCUUCCAUCCAUUCAUCUUGAAGAGCAAAAAGAUCUACACAGUCCUAGUAUGGUGCAGGGUUCUAGCAUUUUUAGUUGCCUCUCAAAUUCUUCGUAUAUUUACAUUCUAUUCUACCCAGCUUCCUGGUCCAAACUAUCAUUGUCGUGAGGGUUCAGAACUUGCAAGGCUGCCUCGUCCUGAUAGUGUAAUUGAAGUCCUCUUGAUCAAUUUUCCUCGGGGCAUGGUGUAUGGUUGUGGGGAUUUGAUUUUUUCAUCGCACAUGAUUUUUACGUUAGUCUUUGUGCUCACAUACCAGAAAUAUGGCACGCUAAGGUGGAUAAAACAGCUUUCCUGGUUGCUUGCUGUAAUCCAGAGUUUCUUGAUUGUAGCAUCCCGCAAACAUUACACAGUUGAUGUUGUCGUUGCAUGGUAUACGGUUAAUUUGGUGGUGUUCUUUAUAGACAAUAAAUUGCCAGAAAUGCCUGAUCGUACUGGAGGAGCAUCGCUCUUGUUACCAAUGAGUACCAAGGACAAGGAUAGCAAGACCAAAGAAGAGAAUCACAAACUCCUGAAUGGAAACUCAGGAGACCCUGCUGAUUGGUGGCAGAGAAAUCAAGUCAAUGGCAAGACUUUGGAAAAUGGAAAUACAGGACAUCCUGAUGCUGCAAUGAAUGGUGUGUAGAUAAUCGAAGCUGCUGCUGCUGCUGCUGCCACGACUGGAGCUUUUACAAGGACCGCUAGUUGGAUCGUCAUGCUCUUCAAAGAGUUUAGUGGAUUGUAUGGUGGGCUUUUUUCCCGUGAUACUGAUAACUGAAUUUCUAUUCCUGUGGAAAUGGAAUUUGUCUUCUUCUUUACGCUCCUUUAUGUCGUGGUUAACAUAAUUUAAUAUUAGCAUUGGCUUUUUAGGUUUUA